AUGACGGUGCCAGCGGUCACGACGCCGAAGUCCCACCAAAACAGUUACUCCCUGCCAUCACGUGCCAGGAUCCCCCCCUCUCUUUUCCUUCAACUCCCCACCACUGCCAAAGACCCGCCCCUCCCUUCCCAAUGUUUUUGCCUGCCAAAGAUCCGUCCCUUUCCUUCCCUCAUCCCUGUUAACUCUCUCGAAGGGUACACUCUGGAGAGGGUUUUCAGUGCAUCGCCCGUCACCGUGGUGGAGGAGGACUACAGCUGCACCCCGGGGGAAUCCUCUUUGAUUGUUUGCAACGCCAAGGGGGCAGUGACCCAGCUAGUCACAGUUGAGACUCCCCCCCCCCCCCCCCACCCCCCCUCUUCUUCCUCCUCCUCCUCCUCCUCCUCCUCCUCCUCCUCCUCCUCCUCCUCCUCCUCCUCCUCCUCCUCCUCCUCCUCUUGCUCCUCCAUCCCCCCCCACCCUUCCCGCCUAUUCCCGCCUCCUCCCGCGUCCCUCCCCCCCCACCCCCUUUCCCCCCUUCCCCAUCUCCUCCCUCCCCCCACCCAAGAAGCAAAGAAUCUUCCGACCCUCGUGGCUUCUCUCCCCCCCUCCAGGUCUCUCUACGCCAUGUCUGAGGUGCCUUCCGAGAUUCUCCGACUCUCGUGUUUUGAGUCGACUCAAAACACUUUCCGACCCCUCUUGGCUUCUCUCCCCCCCUCCAGGUCUCUCUACACCAUGUCUGAGGUGCCUUCCGAGAUUCUCCAACUCUCACGCCUGGAGUCACUGUGA